GAGGGCUCGCCCGAGGAACCGGCUGCCAUGCAGCAGCCCUUCAGUUACCCGUACCCCCAAAUCUACUGGGUGGACAGCAGUGCUAGCUCUCCCUGGGCCUCUCCGGGCUCGGUCCUCCCGUGUCCGUCCUCUGUGCCGGGAAGGCCUGGGCCGAGGAGGCCGCCGCCGCCGCCGCAGCCAACACUAUCACAGCCGGCGCCCUUAGCUCAGCUGCCGCUGCGGCCGCUGAAGACACGGAGGGACCACAACACAGGCCUGUGUCUCCUUGUGAUGUUUUUCAUGGUUCUGGCGGCCCUGGUGGGGCUGGGGCUGGGGAUGUUUCAGCUCUUCCACCUACAAAAGGAGCUGGCUGAACUCAGAGAGUCCACCAGCCAAAGUCCUAGAGCAUCAUCUUUGGAGAAGCAAAUAGGUCAACCCAAUCCACCCUCUGAAAAAAGGGAGCUGAGAAAAGUGGCCCAUUUAACAGGCAAGCCCAACUCAAGAUCCAUCCCUCUGGAAUGGGAAGACACAUAUGGAAUUGCCCUUGUCUCUGGGGUGAAGUAUAAGAAGGGUGGCCUUGUGAUCAAUGAUACUGGGUUGUACUUUGUGUAUUCCAAGGUGUACUUCAGGGGUCAGUCCUGCAACAACCAGCCCCUGAGCCACAAGGUCUAUAUGAGGAACUCUAAGUAUCCCCAGGAUCUGGUGCUGAUGGAGGGGAAGAUCAUGAACUACUGCACUACUGGCCAGAUGUGGGCCCGCAGCAGCUACCUGGGGGCGGUAUUCAAUCUCACCAGUGCUGACCGUUUAUAUGUCAAUGUAUCUGAACUGUCUUUGGUCAGUUUUGAGGAAUCUAAGACAUUUUUUGGCUUAUAUAAGCUCUAAGAAAAGCACUUUGGGAAUUCUCUCCAUAUGGUUCCCUGUUACAGGCACUGAAAAUAUGGUCUUGA